AUGGCAAGUCAUCUUGAACCUUUUGAUGUUUUUAUGUAUGGUGUAGCAGCAAACCAAGAAGACAAAUUGUGUGCAGCUUUGAAGAAGAUUGUUCCAGAUUUCAUCAAAGAUUCUGCAAUUUGGCUUCCAUCUGAUACAGCAAUGGUGCCCCCAAGUGAACUUGUUCGUGAGGGUGUACGUGUGUGUAGAAUAGUGCAAGAACCAGGCCAGUUUGUAGUGGUUUUCCCUGGUGCUUUCACCUCGAGUGUGUGCACAGGAUACCUUAUCUCUGAGAGUGCAUUCUUUGCCAGGCCACAAUACUUUGAUAGAGCUCUUGUGGUAAGUGUACACAUACAUGGGCUGUUGAUUAUAUUUUGCAUCAUUAACUGAUUAAAUUUAUUAAAGGUCUAAAUAUGAUCAAGAUUAAGACCAGGGCAGUGAAGAGAAUAAAUUUUUAUAUAUUUUUUUUUUUUUACUUAAUUUUGUUAAGUUGACAACUUCAGACUUUAUGACAGCAGCAGACUCCUCUUAAUAAAGGAUGAUUCAGUAUAAAAACUCAGUUAAAUGCAUUGCUUGCACCUUGUAUAUAUGUCUAUGUACUUAUACAAGUAGACAUACAAAUAUACACGCACAUACAUUACAAA